UGGUGGGUGUGUUAGGGUCCGCAAACGGUCGCUUAUGUCGCGUCCUUUUAAAUAGUUUUGAUGAUUUACGCAAGCGCUAGCGUAUCAGCCUGCAGAGAACUGACCUGUCACUGCCUUGGACCCUUUCAGAGGCUGAAGGCUGCCGUUCACUACACCGUUGGCUGCCUGUGUCAGGAUGUUGCGGAAGACAAAGACAUGCAAUUCAGCAAACAAACCAUUGCAGCUAUUUCAGAGAUCACCUUCAGGCAGUGUGAGAACUUUGCAAAAGACCUUGAAAUGUUUGCAAGGCAUGCAAAACGAAGCACAGUCACUACAGAAGAUGUGAAGCUUUUGGCUAGAAGGAGCAAUUCUUUGCUAAAGUAUAUCACCCAGAAGAGUGAAGAGCUUGCAUCAAGUAACAUGGAGCAAAAGGAGAAGAAGAAAAAGAAGUCCAGUGCAGCUAAGGGAGGGAGAACUUUUGGGGAACCAGAAGCAGCUGUGACUGAAAGUGAAGAUUCCAACAUGGCAUGAUUUACCUUUUCAAGUAAUGUCUCUGGUCAUUUUCUGUAAUUACCUAGAAGAACCCAAGUUAGCCUCUUAGAGAUUCCUCUUGCAGGUUAGCAAUGGUAAUGAAUCUUUAGGUUUUUAGGUGAAUGUGAUUAGUUGUAUUUUUUGUUCCAAAAAUGAAAGGUCUGUCAGAAUUCAGUAAAGCUUACAGCCAAAAUGCCUUAAUUGCUUACAAAAAGGUAUCUUACUCUUAUUAAAAAGAAAAUCCUUUAUUUAAAGUUUAAAGAACAACAUUCUUACUGACCAUAAUACCUUAGUAUGUGCAACUCCCUCCAUGCUGCUACUUAGUUUCUCCAGUAAUUGUUUUAAUUCCUCCUUGCUUCCUUUUUUGAUACUUUAGCUUAGGUAUUUUGAGUAUUUUGGUUUUGUUUUAAUAGCCACAUCUCUCACUUGUCUUGCCAAUUAAAACUCGUUUUGUGUCAUUUUUCACCUGUGAUACUGCUGGUGUACAAUGCUCACUUUCAGUAAGUUGCAUUAAAUUUCUAAAUUUUACUUUAGUCUCCGGAGUGAUGGUUAGAAAUGUAUCACUGUUGCCCUCUGCUGGACUGACAGAGACUUACCAAAUGCUGUUCAUUCAAAAGCAACAGAUUUAAAGACCUAAGGUAUUACACAGAUACAGUAGCCAAGUGAAAUGAGAAGGCUGCUUAAGCUCCUGUGUGGGCAAACUUUAUUAAGCAAGAAUAUGCUUGCACAGAUAGAUAGUCUAAAAUAUGCAGCAAGAGAGGAAAGACUUGAACACCAUUUCUCUUGCUCAGUCCUUGGUUCAUGAGACGAGUUCUUCCUUGAAGCCACUUGUUCCUUCCUGAAGGAUACAGCUUGGGGCAAUUCCCCAAAACCAAGUUUAAAGUCAUCAGGUUCUCAUUUUAGUAAGACUCAUACCUUAAAUAUUACCCCAAGAUAAAGAAGGUACCAGCUGACAGAAUAUUUUUGAUCACGUUUGAGAACUUCUAGGUGUAGCCUUGCUCCUUGUUUAAAACCUUUCUCUUGAAAGAAGAGUGCACUUUCUGGACUAGAGUCACUCAGCUAUAUAUGACACAAUGGAAAAAGAGUAACGCUCUGGACUCCUUACAUGUGCUCCCUUUUAUUUUUUGCUCUGUAUUUGAGCUGUGAAGCAGUAGUGGAUAGGGUAAAAAACCAUGACUUUUUUAGACUGUAGCUAUCUGAUAGUAACCUGCCUUUUACAGCUCAGUCACCCUGUUCAAGUUAAAGCUUCUUAAAUAUUACAGGAAUAAGAUGAAGGAAAUGCUAAUUUUUGCAUAGUUAAAAUCUCCAUGCAGCUUAUAUAAAUCAAACAUACUUUCUGUCUAUGAAAUGUAGAUCUAAUUUAAGGUUAAAUUAGAUUACAGAGCAUGUUUUAGGUAGAAAGUUUAUCCUGACUCUGAAAGAUAAGCAAAAAAUGAUCAGGUAUCUUUUGCUCUUAUCCACUGUUCUGUCCCUAAAGGAGCAACUUCUAUCAUCAUCUGGUUAUCAAGACAUGCACAGUUCUAAUUGAUUUCCUUCUAUUGUUUAUCCUAUUCCUUUCUUGAGCAGAAAAUUGGUAUUUAUUUCACAGGACUCCUAGGCCUUUAGAAGCAUCAAGCAUUUUGGUAUUAUAGUAGAUGAUAUCAUUUUGAUAUCAUAGUGGAUGUUUAUUGCACAACUUACCUGAUUUUUGGGUUUUUUUGAGGUCAUUAAGACCCACAUGUCAGGAAGAGAAAUAAUAUGUCUCAAAGUUUGUUAGCUCCGAUGUUGUCUGUGAGCUUACGUCUCAGCUAAAAUCUCCUGUAACUUCCUCUCCAAACACACAUGCAUAUACACUACUGGUAUAUACUGGCCAACAGUUAAAGAUUGUUUACUGAAAAGCUUUGUGAUUAUUUGCUGUGGAAAUACCACAUCUGGCAGCAGCUCUUUGUUAUCACCAAGAGGAAAUUCUAGCUAUGAAACUACUUUCAGAAUAAUAAUGAUCUAAAGAUCUAUAGUAAAGUCUACACUAAAAAAAAAAAUCCGUUUAUAAGGAUAAUUGUACUGUUAGGUUUAAAAAAAACUCAUUGAGAUGUUUUAGCAGUUUUCACCUUUGAUCGAUUGCACUACUGAAACAGCUCUAAGAAGCAAUAUCUAAACUUGACCACUAAAAAAGGAUUUUUUACAGAAAUUACAGGAUGAUGUGCAGCAUUGAAGUCUCUCAGUUGGUAGUUAAUUGCUUCGCAUUUUUCCUGGAGACUUUUGAAGGAUGUUAGCUGUAGGAGAGCUUUGAAGAGAGUUAAGUAUUAUAUACCUGCUCUUUUUGCAAAUAAUAGUCAAUAUUACUAUCAAAAUGCCAGCUCAGCUUUAGGAUAGGU